CACAACCAUUUGAACCAUUUGAACCAUUUGUUUGUUGGAUGUCACCGAAACCGAAACCUGCCCGUAAGCGCUCGUUGGCGGCGACAGCGUAACAUUUAGUUCGUUUGUGCAUCCAAAUGAAUCCAGAUUAUGAUUAUCUACUUAAGCUACUACUGAUCGGUGAUUCGGGAGUGGGGAAAUCAUGUUUGUUGCUAAGAUUUGCCGAUGAAACAUUUAAUGAAACGUAUAUCAGUACUAUCGGUGUUGACUUUAAAAUACGCACCAUUGAUUUAAAUGGUAAGGUUGUGAAACUCCAAAUUUGGGAUACUGCUGGUCAAGAACGUUUCCGAACAAUUACUUCUUCAUACUACCGCGGUGCCCAAGGAAUUAUAAUUGUGUAUGAUAUAACAGAUCAGUCAACAUUUGCAAACGUCCAAAGUUGGCUCCAUGAGAUCAGUUGCUAUGCUAACUCUACAGUCAGCCGUCUUUUAGUGGGUAACAAGUGUGAUUUGGCGAAUCGACGUGCUGUUGAGACGUCUGUUGCGAAGGAGUUUGCUGAUAAAAAUCAAAUGUCUUUCAUAGAAACCAGUGCCAAGGAUGCCACUAAUGUUGAAAACGCAUUCUUAAAAAUGGCUGAAAAGAUUCAAGAAAAUGCAACACCAGUACAAAAUAUGUUGUCUUCUACUGUACCAGUUAAUAGUACACAACCUGUCAAAAAAAGUGGGGGUUGCUGUUAAAUAUUUCUUGGUAAUCUUAAAUCUAUCCAUCCUCAACUUUAUUAUGGUUUAUUUCUAUGUGAUUGUGCGCUUAUCAAAACAACUAUUCAUCUCAUUCUCCUUCCUUCAUUACUAAACUUGUGAUAUUAUUUUGUGUCUGAAAUUCUCGGAACAGGACAUCGCAGGAUUGUAUUUGUAUUCAGGUGUUUUAUUGAUCAGUACAUUUACUAUCCUGUUCCAGUUGAGUUUUGCUGGUGUAUUUUAGUUUCAUUUUGAAAUAAAUUACCAUCGUUUCCUUCUCAUCUGAGGUCCGAUUUAUUACCACCAACACAAGACUGCACUAAUAUUUUUUUGAAAACUUAUACACUCUAAAAGCUCUCGUUUUCGUUGAAAACAAAAAAAUGAUCUAUGUACCAUAUCUAUUCGUUCGAUUUUUCAGUGGCAUUAAUAAAAAUAAUCUUAUUUAUUUAAGGGAUUUUAUUAACUGUAUGCGAUAAAUCUUUUCAUUCCUUUUUUAUGUGGUGUUUUACCAUGUCAAAGUCGUUUUAUUAUUUAGAUGUAUGUAUUUGGUCACCUGUUUAGGACUAAAAAUAAAAGCUAGUUCGGUUUGUAAUAAGUGUAUCUCAGCUCUGCUUCACCUUGGUGCACUAAAUAAAAAGUGGAAUUCUAAAACGCACCUUAUCUAAAAAUUAUUGAGAUUUAAAGUGAUUAAAUAAAUGUCCAAC